UGAAUUGAGAGAGAGAGGGAGAGAGAAUCACAGCCAUGGCUUCUGCGACAUUCUCUCUUUCCUUCGUCUCUCUGUCUUCUUCUUCGAAUCAAUGCCGGCCAUCGGCUUUCAGCUCCAGUUCGACGCGUGCGGAGAACGCGCCACCGUUGACGGCGAUGGCGAGGUUGGGAUUCGUGGGUCAGGGUUUAAGAUCAGCUAAGCCGAUGGUCGCCAGAACCGCCGCUUCCGGUCGAAUCACGUGCUCUGCUUCGUCUCAUCCGGCUACUCUUCCUUCCGCUCUUCUCUUCGAUUGCGACGGCGUGCUUGUCGAUACCGAGAAGGACGGUCACAGGAUAUCCUUCAACGACACUUUCACUGAGAGAGGUUUGGGUGUUACGUGGGAUGUCGAAUUGUACGGCGAGUUGCUGAAAAUCGGCGGUGGGAAAGAAAGGAUGACGGCGUAUUUUAACAAGGUGGGUUGGCCAGAGAAAGCUCCAAAGGACGAAGCGGAGAGGAAGGAAUUCAUAGCUGGUCUUCACAAGCAAAAGACCGAGUUGUUCAUGGCUCUUAUCGAGAAACAACUCCUUCCGCUUCGGCCUGGUGUUGCAAAGCUGAUUGAUCAAGCAUUAUCCAAUGGAGUAAAGGUUGCCGUGUGUAGCACAUCAAAUGAGAAGGCGGUUUCUGCUAUAGUUUCAUGCUUGCUGGGGCCAGAAAGAGCAGAAAAGAUCAAGAUAUUUGCUGGAGACGUUGUUCCGAAGAAAAAGCCUGACCCGGCCAUCUACAACUUAGCAGCCGAAACUUUGGGAGUUGACCCCUCAAGUUGUGUCGUGGUGGAAGACAGUGCAAUCGGGCUAGCAGCCGCCAAAACUGCUGGAAUGAAGUGUAUCGUCACCAAGAGCGGAUACACAGCGGACGAAGAUUUUCUGAACGCAGACGCAGUCUUCGACUGCAUUGGAGACCCUCCUGAGGAGAGAUUUGAUUUGGCAUUCUGUGGAAGUCUUCUCGAGAAGCAAUUCGUUAGUUAAAUCUCAUUGAUGAAAUCUCGUUGUGUGUAUAUUUUAACAUCGGAGGACAGUUGAGGAAAUGAUGAUCCAUGUUUUCCCACUA